UCACAGUGGCGCAACGGAAAGAUUUACGACUUCUUUUGGUUCCCGCACCUGCCAACAGUACCCGCCGUCAGCGUCAUAACACCCGAUAAAGUUUGCCUGAAUCCGUGGGACGCGGCUGUUUGCAACGACAGUCCAGAUGGCGACUGGGCCACCUCCGUUUUCCUUAGGCAUGCUGAGCUGGAUCCCAGCAUCCCCGGUUGCUCAACAAGGCGGAAUGCGCGCCCAAGAAGAUGCAGGUGGGACGCAUGUUCGCUUUGCUCCCAUGCCGAGGCCCACUAUCAUCGCACAUAUUACUCACCAUUCUCAAAGUUCGAGAUAUACGAACCAUUUCCCCGUCUAUUUUACUCUCCGUUUAUUCCGCGAUCAAACGAAAGCGAUUAGGAUCGGGUCCUACAACCUGGAAACUAACGCUGCAGACGAAGCGGACGAAGCAGACGCAGCUCCGGUGGCUGAUGAUGGUGAUGCUGAUAUAGGACCCGGCAUCAGCAGAUACAUACAAGGCGCAGCGAUUGUUCACGCCAUGGCUUUCCAGGAGAUCAAAGCGCAACAGGUUCUUAAUAUUGAGGGAGGAUUAGUGCCGCCCGCUCGGGUGGGAUCGUCAAUUCCAGCAGACCAAGUGCCGUUCGCUCCGGUGGGAUCAUCGUCAAUUCGACCAGACGAACUAUUUCAGAAGAAUCUUUACAACAAGCUAGGUUACGUGGAAGACGUCUAUCUGGAAAAAGUGGACUGUCAAAGCUCUCGGUACUCAAAGACAGCAAAGGCUACUCGGUCUGAUGGGUCCGCCCAAAAAAAACAAAAAACUCGAGGCUCCUUUACCAAGUCGGUGAUCUACUGCAUGUAUCGGGUCCAUAGCCAGUCGGGCAAUAGCGUGUUGGGAUAUGUGGUCAUUGGGAACGUUCACGAUUUUAGCUCGGAUCCGGUUUUGAGUUCCGGGGAACUUCUCGGAGAUUUUGGGUCCGACAUGCAAAGCUUUUGUAACAGCCUGGCUGUCACCGGCGGUUAUAAAUGUGACUUUGCCGCAACGUCAACAGACCAGCCAAUAGAUAACACGAAGCGGAUUCCGUUGGUCAUUUUGGGUGACUGGAAUAACGUCCGGCUGAGCAAUGCGCUUGCCGCAGAUCGAGACAGGAAGGCGGCGCUGCUUCGGGAGAUGGCGCAAAAUAUGUACGUACCCUUUCUUCAUAUGCCAGAAACGUGUGCAGAAAGGAAGCCCACUGACGAACCGUGAGCUCUCGCUUGGUUUGCGAUGCCAUCAUAUCCUUUAGAGCCACUUCGAUGCAAUUCACAUGCCCUUCGUUGGGAGUGUUCAUUCCGGACGACCUCGAUGAUUAUGAUGGAAACAACGACUGUGGAAUUGGAGGAGAAACCAGACCUCAGUUUGCAACCUCAACUGCCGGUGCCUUAUACGACCUGCUAUUCUUUUGCGGGAACGAUUAUACCCCGAGGGAUGCAAACGAUAUCAGUGAUGACUCCGUUGCAAAAGUCGUCACUGAUUCCUCUAUUGACGAGUAUAUGUUCGGUUACCCGACACCCGCUAAUCCGGAUCUAUGCACAAACGCCGGCAGUGGGGG